AUGAUUAAGAUAACAAGCCCACUGUUAAAUUAUAGAUUCAAGAUGCUAAGAGUUUAAUGUAAACCUUAUGAUAACGUUGAACUAAUCAGAGAUCAAAUUAUGGAUCUUAUGAAUGAAUAUCUUUAAGAGAGUGAUGGGUAAGAGUGCUUAUUUAUUAAUCAAGAAAACUAUAUCAAUGUUAAGGUCAUUUCAAAUAAUCAGAUUGCUUUGUAUUUUGUAACAGGAACAGAAAUGGACGAUACGAAUUGGGAAUAAUAAAUUAGUAGAGGUCCAUUAUAAAAAUUUACUAUUUUAUCAAAUUCCAUAGAAAUUAGACCUUCACGAUUUUGA